GUCCUCGAGCUCGUCGCCGUCCUCCUCCCCUUGCUCCUCCUUCCCCUGCUGCUGCCCUCAGCAGCAGCUCCGGGAGCCGGCUCCUCCUCUCCCUCCCUCCCCCAGCUCUUGCGCUCUCUCCGCUAACUUUCCCGAGCCCGGGCGGGCGGCGCAGAGCUGCGGGCGGCUUCGCGGCCCACUGCAGACCGCGGGCUGCGAGCGGCUGUGCCCUGUAUCUCGUCCCCGCGCCCCCGGCGCGCUCCAGAGAUCACACGAAGAUGCCCGAGGCCGGGGACAGAGGCGCAGCCCGGGCGAGAUGGCUGGGCACUGGGCUUUUGGGUCUCUUCCUGCUCCCGGUGUCCUUGUCGCUGGAGGUGUCUGUGGGAAAGGCCACCACCAUCUACGCUGUCAAUGGCACAGAGAUCCUGCUACCCUGCACCUUCUCCAGCUGCUUUGGCUUUCAAGACCUCCACUUCUGGUGGUCCUACAACAUCAGUGAUACCUACAGGAUUCUCAUAGACGGGACAGUAAAGAACGAGAAGUCCGACCCCAAGGUGAAGUUCAAAAAUGACGAUCGCAUCACUCUGGAGGGUUCCACUAAGGAGAAGAUGAACAACAUUUCCAUUCUGCUGAGGAACCUGGAAUUCAGCGACACAGGCAAAUACACCUGUCAUGUGCAGAACCCCAAGGAGAAUAAUUUUCAGCACCAGGCCACCAUCUUCCUCCAAGUCGUUGAUAAACUGGAAGAAGUGGACAACACAGUGACCCUCAUCAUCCUGGGUGUCGUGGGUGGGGUCAUCGGGCUCCUCAUCCUCAUCCUGCUGGUCAAGAAGUUCAUUGCCUUCAUCAUCAAGAAGACUCAGGAGAAGAAGAAGGAGUGCCUCGUGAGUUCCUCAGGGAAUGAUAACACAGAGAAUGGGCUGCCCGGCUCUAAGGCGGAAGAGAAACCACCAACCAAAGUGUGAGCCCCCGCUGGGGGCCAAGCGGCAGCCCAGGCCUCACUUGCUGAUGACGAACUGAUGCUUGAGCCAUGUCCGUGAACCCACGUGCCUGAGACACCUGCUGCUUGGCUCCAACUGUAGUCUUCCUGGGGAGAAACUGGGGUCCUGCCCAGCCUGCCUGCUCCCUCCCAGCCAGGGCUCCCCAGGGAUGAGGGCUGGCCAGGGGAGGGGGCUUGUGGAAAGUUCAGGAAAGGAAAGGAGGGCUGGGUGGUGUGGAGGGCGGUUCCCCUGACACCUGGGGUACAUGGGGUCUUCUUUAGUCUCCUCACCCUGUAUGAGCAAUACCUUGGUUUUCCCCCAGAUUUCUCUUUAAGAGAGGCUUGGGGGGAUCAUGAGGCCUGCCCUAACAGAUGGACCCCCAUGAAUAAUAGUGUGGAGAUCUAACCCUUUUGGUGGUGGAUGUGGCCUAGAAGAUUCUGUACAGGAUCUGGGGUGGGAGCCUACUGGAGGGGUGCCGAUAGUGAGAGGCUCUGAUGGAUACUGACCCCCCAGGUCCCUCUAGUAAGGCCCUUCCCUCCCUCCCACACAGGGUGUCUGGCAGCCCCCGAUCCAUCACCACUCCCCAGACCCCCGGCCCCCCCACUGCAGCUUGGAGUCUGUGAACCCUCCCAACUAGGGCUGGCCACCCUGGUCUUGGGGUCCUGGCCCCCCUAGCCUGCUCCUCUGAUCUCUGAGUUUCUAAGGGGCUCCUGAGGGGGAGCCUCCCGCCUUCCUGGAGCACUGGGGUGCUGCCUAUGCCUUUCCUAGCAUUUCUCCUUGGGGAAGCAGGACUGCAGAGAUGGGAGAGCCUAUGUCCGGGACCUCUUGGCCCCUGGGAUGCCCACCCCAGCCCCACCCAUCCUGGCUGCCCCUUCUUGGCAUGGCCGGCCCAUUGCCGCCCCUGGGAACUCCUGAGCUUGCCUCCCCGCCGCUCCUCUUUCCCUGAGGCAGCAGGUGGUGUCAUCUUGCUUGAGGUGUUUUUCCCUCAAAUCCUCGCCUCCCGUGGUUCACGCCAUACCUCCCUUGCCCUUGCCCAUCCAUCACACCUUCUCCCUUGGCCCAGGGUUGUCCACCUUCACCGUGGGGUCAAGGGCUUGAUUUCACCUCAGGGAUCCUCUUGCUUCAGAAGAGGGGGCCCCUUGGGUUUUUUGGCUGCUUUCUGUUCAGCUCUGUCAUCCCCUCCCCACCUCCCCGGGGGUUGGGGAGGAGCAGGGAGAGGGGGCUCAGUCUUCCUUUGCUUUCCUGAGAACUGGUUUGCACACCCCUGUGUGGGGGGCUGGACUGUGCCUUAGCUUGUCAUGUCCAGGCUCAUCCCCUCCAUCCCCUCUCCAGCCUGUGCAUGACAGCCAGCCCUGGGGUGCCACUAUGAGGGGUUCCCCAACCUGCCUCCGCCCAAGGUCAUGCUGGGGACCAGGGAGCUGGGGUGGUGCCACCCACGGCCCCCUGGACAGUGACGGAAUCUUGGAGCUGUGGGGAGACAGUGGUGGUGUCCCCACGGGGCGGGAGGGAUUAAGUGAGUGCUGCGGUAUUAGAGGAGGACUCUGCCAUCUGCUUCUGCAGGUCCUUUGGGCCUGGGAGGGAUGGGAGGGCAGUAGCCUCCCUUUCCAGAGGGUU